AUGGCCACACGGUACGGCCUCGGCCUGGGAAGGGCACUGGAGUGUCGGCUCCCAGCAGUGCUAGUCUCAAGGAGCACAGAAGCGGGACCGUCAUUCCGCCCAGCUCGGUCUUUCGUGACUGUCUCUGUCGUCCCCACUCGGCAUGCCCGCUUGUUCCCUUCGACGCGGAGACAUCAAGGCCUGGUCCCGCCAUUGCAUGUCGGCCUCGGUAUCCGCUUCAACUCGGCUACGUCCCGCCCGCCACCGUCCGAACCCCCAGAUCGACCCCCUCAGCCCCAAACCCCAAAAUCUCCUUCGUCCACCACCCCCGCCGAAUCCGACACCCCCGCACCCGUAUCUACCUCACAACCCCCAUCACCCUCCACGUCCAUAUCUACCCCCCCACCGUCAUCUUCCGCCGUCACUCCAUCCUCGUCGUCCAAGAGCAAGCUCGAAAAGACGCCGGAUACCGCCUCGCUUCUCCGUCUCCUGGCGCUCGCCAAGCCCCAAUGGCCCCUGCUCGCGUCAGGUGUGGUCUUCCUCACUGUCUCUACAGGUGUCAACCUCGGUAUCCCAUGGGCCAUCGGGCGGAUCAUUGAUUUCUUCGCUCCGGGAAGCGAGGCGACGAUGCUAUUUGGUCUGCCGCUGGAACAAGCUACGAUGGCACUGGCGGUCAUACUGUUCGUUGGGGCUUUGGCAAACUCGGGACGGAGCAUAUGUUUGAGAUUAGCAGGACAGCGGACCGUCAUGCGUAUCAGAAACCAAACCUACGCAAAGUACCUCGCCAUGCCCCCUUCACACAUCGAGACCGCCGGCGUCGGCGACGCUUUAUCCCGCCUCGGACAAGAUACAUCCAUCGUCGGCCAGUCCCUCUCUGAGAACCUGGGUGAAGGCCUCAAGGCCGUCCUUGGCGCCGCGGCGGGCUGCGUCGCCAUGUACCUCAUCUCCCCCACCCUCACACUCGUCAUGCUAUUCAUCAUACCGCCCAUCUCGAUCGGGUCAUACUUUUAUGGACGCUUCAUCCGGGGACUGUCCCUCCGCACGCAAGAGGCCAUGGGGAACAUGUCGAAACUCGCCGAAGAGCGAUUAUCGGCCCAUCGGACCGUCACGGCCAGCAACACCCAGCCGGCCGAGGAGGCGCUGUACGCUGGCCGCGUGGGGAAGGUGUAUGGUCUGCAAAAGAAGGAGACAUUUGCGAAUGGGAUAUUCCAGGGUGCAAAUGAGGUCGCGGGGGAUUUGGGCAUGAUUGGGCUGUUGAUCUAUGGGGGUGUUUUGGUGAGAAGGGGAGAAAUUUCGGUGGGGGACAUGACGAGUCUCUUCAUCUACGUCAACUGGAUCGAGUGGUCCCUGAAUACUCUCGCUGGAUUCUUUACGGGUCUGAUGAAGGGUGUUGGAGCUUCUCAGCGGAUUAUCAGCCUCCACGCUCUGCAGUCGCCCAUCAAGCUCGGGACGGGGUUGCCUGUGACGGAGCCGAAAGCUGGGACGAUUGAGCUUCGGGAUGUCAGCUUUGCGUACCCCUCCCGGCCGGACGCAAAGGUACUGGACGGCCUGAAUCUGCGGAUCGAAAAGGGAGAAUGUGUAGCUCUGGUCGGCGGCUCCGGAUCUGGUAAAUCCUCCAUCCAACUCCUCCUUCUCCGUUUCUACGACCCCACAUUCGGCACCGUCCUCCUAGACGACCAAGACAUCCGGUCCUACAUCCCCGAAUCCUGGCGAUCACGUAUCGGUGUCGUACCCCAAGACCCCAUCCUAUUCGGCGGCACCAUCCACGAAAACAUCGCCUACGGCCACCCCAACGCAUCACGCGAGGAAGUCAAGCGCGCGGCCGAGGUGGCGCAUUGUGACUUUAUCGAGGGGAUGCCGGAGGGGUACGACACGGUCAUUACUAAGGCAGCGAUGAGUGGGGGUCAGCGCCAGAGAAUUGCGAUUGCAAGGGCGUUGGUUGGGAAUCCGAGUGUGUUGUUGAUGGAUGAGGCGACGAGUGCGCUGGAUUCAGAGUCGGAACGGGCUGUUAACAAGGCGCUGGAUAAUCUGUUUGACGAUUCCGAAAUUACGGUUAUUCUGAUUGCGCACCGGCUAUCGUCUAUCGCCCAAGCGGACCGCGUGGUCUUGCUCGACGGAGGCAAGGUCGUCGAGGACGGUUCAUACGGCGAGCUCCUGUCCCGCCGGGAUGGCAAGUUCAGGCGAAUGAUCGAUGGGCAACUCAGCAAGAUUGGGGCGCCGGCGGAACCGCAGGACGGGGACGAGCACAAGCAGAAGAAGGAGGAGCAUGAGCAUGAGCACGAG